UCAAGGGUUGGGCCACUGACAGCCCAGAUAAACCCUGGAUAAUAAUCUCUUUCUAAUGGUGCUUGCCCUCGGGAGGGGCACCCGUUGCAGCAGAGCCUGUUUCCAGGGACUCAAAGGCAUGUACAACCAUUGCAGAACUACAAGGAAAACAAUGAGCCGAGGGAGCCCUGAGGGGAGUGUCUCUGAGCCAUGAUGUCACCCUGCCCAUGGAAUGCCCUAGGCACUGUGCUGCUGGUUCUGGUGCAGGGCUGGGCGCUGUCCGUGAGUCAGGAGUACGACUACUACAGCUGGCAAUCCGACAACUUCCAGCAUGGACGCUUCUACACUAAGCAGCCCCAGUGCGUGGACAUCCCGGCGGACCUGCAGCUCUGCCACAACGUGGGCUACAAGCGCAUGCGUCUCCCUAACCUGCUGGAGCACGAAUCCAUGCCAGAAGUAAAGCAGCAAGCCAGCAGCUGGGUGCCCCUGCUGGCCAAGCGGUGCCAUUCCGACACACAGCUUUUCCUGUGCUCCCUCUUUGCACCUGUCUGCCUGGACCGGCCCAUCUACCCUUGCCGAUCGCUGUGCGAGGUGGUGCGUGACUCGUGCGCUCCUGUCAUGGAAUCCUACGGCUUCCCUUGGCCUGACAUGCUCAACUGCAACAAGUUUCCCUUCGACAACGACCUGUGCAUCGCUGUGCAGUUUGGAAACAGCCAGGCAACUCAGCCACCAGUGUCAAAGAUCUGCACCCAAUGCGAGAUGGAGCACAAGGCAGAUGGCAUCAUGGAGCAAAUGUGUUCCAGUGACUUUGUGGUGAAGAUGCGCAUCAAGGAGAUCAAGAAAGAGAAUGGGGAGAGGCGAUUGGUGGCUGCACAGAAGAAGAAAAAGCUGCUCAAAGUGGGGCCAUUGAAGCGCAAGGACACCAAGAAGCUGGUGCUGCACAUGAAGAACGCAGGUGCCUGCCCCUGCCCCCAGCUUGACGACCUCAGUGGCAGCUUUCUGGUGAUGGGGAGAAAGGUGGGUGGGCGGUUGCUAGUCUUGGCCAUUUACCGCUGGGAGAAGAAGAAUAAGGAGAUGAAAUUUGCUGUCAAAUUCAUGUUCUCCUACCCUUGUUCCAUGCACUACCCCUUCUUCUAUGGGGCAGACCCUCACUGAAUCCCCACUCAUUCCAAGAACCCUGCUCACUCUUCUUCACAGCACUCCCCACACUUUUGGUUCCCCACUCCUAGUCCACACAAUACCCUUUUUUAUAUGGGCUGGCCUACACAAAGCCACAUACUGUUGGGAGCACAUCCCUGCAACAGGACUCUUUCUUCUAAAGCACAAAAUCCAUUAGGACCAGCUCCGUUAAGUUCCAGAUCAGAGUUCUGCCCAUCUUGGAUGCUUUGGAGAACAUGCAGAAAUCCACCUCAUUCCCAACACACCUUCACUAGAAGAAUAAGUCUUAGCCCCUGCAAGCAAACAUCUCUUAUCAAUCCCAGUAUACCCAAGCUCCAAUAGAGGCUGAAUCACACAGAAUUUUAGUUGCAACCUUUAGUGGAACAUUUAAGAAAAAUCCCAGUCCGUUCUUAAUUCCUACUGGUAAGAAGCCAAAGAUUUUGAAACAUCAUGAGCAGGGCGACCAAUACUUUCCAAUUGCAACCCUUCAUUUUCACAGUGCAUUGAACUACUUAGUUACAGGGAUGGGAAACCUGCAGCCCACUAGAUAUUGUCAGACUCCAAAUCCCACGUCCCCAGCUAGCAAACCUAAUGGGCAGGAAUAAUGAGUGCUGUGGUCCAGCAACAUCUGGAGAGUCUAAGGUCCCCAUCCCAUCCAAGACUUAGUAAGAGUUGGCCAGAUGCAGUAUGAAGCUCUAAACAUCUCAGACUGCCAGACACCAGAUGCAUUGUACAAGCUACAAUGUCCCAACUAAUACUUCACUGGACUGACAAUCCCCAGUUCUGGCUUCAUCUCCUAGGUUCUGCAUAGCAUCUUCUCAGACCAUGUAGAACCUUAAGCUGACACUAAGCAAGGCCUCCCUAUAAGCCUCCCCCAAUUUCCAGCUCGCACGACCAUUGGCUACUGCUCUCGCUGGGGCUGAUGAGAGUUGUUGUCCAGGUUGCAGGAGGCUGCUGGUCUGUUAUAUGAUUAUGAUGAUGAUGAUGUUUGAA